AUGUACAUCCUUGGAGUCGCAGGGAGGUUGCUGCGCAUCCUUCUACCUUUGGCCGUUUCUUUGACGCUUUAUUUGUAUUUAUACCCUGCCUUCCACGGCUGCGUGUUCCCAGUCCAGGAUGCUUCCACGACCACGGCCUUCGCCGAGACUCUCCAACAACAUCGGCCGCUUAGACACGCCCUAGAUGCGAGUGUUCUGCCUUCGGUUCCUUUCCGAUUACUUGUACUCGCUGAUCCUCAGUUAGAGGGAGACAGCUCGCUGCCGAAACCUGAAGAUGCGUUCCUACGAAAGUUAGAACGCCGCUGGGCCACGAUACGCGCAACCGAAAGCCACGACCUUAACUCUCAAAUCCUUGAGCAUGUACGAGGUAUACUGCUCGAGGAUUUUCCGACGACUUUGCAGGCUAUUCGAAAACAACUGGAUCUCCUCGGCAACGAUUACUAUCUGGGCCACAUCUAUCGAAGCCUACAUUGGUGGACCAAGCCUAGUCACGUAACGGUGCUCGGAGACCUGAUCGGGAGCCAAUGGGUCACUGACGAGGAGUUUGAAUGGAGAGGGUGGAGAUAUUGGAAUCGAGUCUUUGCCUCUGGACGAAGAAUAAGCGACAACAUAACGAGCUCAAGUCACGAAAAGGAGGAACAUGUUUUCGAGACAAGAGACGUUAGUUGGACGAGAAACAUCAUCAAUAUUGCGGGAAAUCACGAUGUUGGUUAUGCCGGAGAGAUAUCUCAGGGCAGGAUGGAUCGCUUCGAACGGGUAUUUGGAAAAGCCAACUGGGAUGUCAGAUUCCGCUAUCCUGACGGUGAUAUCCCCAGAGACGUGACCACCACAACGCCUUCCUUACACCUGAUCGUGCUGAACAGCUUGAUCCUUGAUUCGCCAGCGCUCUCAGACGAACUCCAAAGUGAAACAUUCGGCUUUAUCAACAGACUGAUUUCGGAUCGUUUGCGACCAGUCGAAGAUAGUUCCUCGUUCACACUUCUUCUAACACAUCUUCCUCUUCAUAAAAAGGAGGGUGUAUGUGUGGAUGCUCCAUACUUUGACUACUGGGGAAAUGAUGACGGUGGUGGUGUGUAUAAACCACAUGGACUCAGAGAGCAGAAUCAUCUUAGCACCGAAGCAAGCCAGCACGGCACUCUCGAAACCAUUUUCGGAAUGACUGGUAACAUCGAUGCGCCAGCACAGGGCAAGGGAAGGCAUGGGAUAAUAUUGACUGGGCAUGACCAUGAAGGAUGUGAUGUCUGGCACUAUAUCCCUUCCAACACGACUUGGUCUAGCUCGACAGAGAAUGUUGAAGAUAGGAAAGCGGCAUGGGAUGCAGUACGUUGGGAUCAGGUCAACAAAAACAGUUCAUACACUGGAGUGCGGGAGAUCACGCUGCGAAGUAUGAUGGGGGAUUACGGUGGCAACGCAGGUCUCCUCAGUGCCUGGUAUGAUUUCUCGACCGAAGAAUGGAAGUACGAUAUCUCCAGGUGUGGCUUGAAUGUCAAAGUCUGGUGGGCUGUGCAUGUCGUUGAUUUGCUUGCGAUUGCUUUCUCUCUGCUGUGGAUGGUCGACCUUAUUACUCGCGCCUUGUUCCCUGCAGGUCGCAAACAUGUCCAACAUCCUUCACUUGUGCAGAAGACGCAGGCAGAUCAUGUGGCUUCGUCAAUAGCAACGACCUCAACUCCAACGAGCAAGUUCAACAGGGAGACACUAAAGGCAGACAUGAAGCCAAAAUGA